AUGACGGGGAAAUCUAACAGAUCACUAAAAGAUGCACUAGAAGAUAUUAAAAUGUUUCGAAUAGAAAUAAACCAGAGACUUGAUGAACUGGAGAGACAGGUUGUGCAUGUAGUCAAGGUCGCAGAACAAGAAAAUAACUCAAAUAUUACAGCAGUAGAAACAUCGUGUAAAGAAGUUACCAAUUCCUUGAAGAUAUCCUCAGAAAAAAUCAAACAGCUCAACACAUCAAAACAAGCUAAUACACUCUUUAUGGAGCUUAAGCUUGCAGAAAAAAUAAUGAAAGAUGUUGAGAAAACUGCACUACAGCUUUCAUCAUAUGAUGUCAAAGAGCACCACUUUCAAGCAAAUGAAAAAGUAUUAACCAAGCUUAAAACAGAGAGGUCAUUAGGUACAUUGACACAUAAUACCUUAAAUAAAGAAUGUCAACCUUUACAAAUAAAGUCUAGACAAUCUUCACAUGAGAGAAAAAUCUGUGUGAAGACAUCAAAAGAUAAAAGAACAUGCGAUAUAACAGGAAUGGCUCUGCUGACUCCUGAUCUUGUUAUCAUCACUGACUGCAAGAACAAGGCUGUAAAGAUGGUGGAUACCAGCAGUCAAUCUGUGUCUGAUCAACUACAGCUGGAUGAUCAACCAUGGGAUAUCACGAGAGUAACCAGUACUGAAGUUGCAGUCACGCUUCCUAAGAAACAGACAAUACAGUUUAUAUCAAUUUCAUCAAACAAACUUAUAAAGAAGCACAAUGUGAAGGUUGAUGGUAUCUGUGAUGGUAUAAGCUGUUACCAAGGUAAACAUGUUGUGUCAUUCGUUACCCCUGCAAAACUUCAGAUCCUUGAUAUGAAUGGCACUAUACUGACAACAAUUGAUGGAAAAAAUAUUUUCAAAAGUCCAGAUUAUAUAACAUGUAACAGAAGUUCAAUCUAUGUAUCUGACUGGGAGAUGAAGACAGUAACAAGAUUAAACUGGCAAGGUGAUGUGAUAGGUAGUUAUGGUGGUAUGAUUUAUCCUUGUGGAAUGUAUCUGUCAAAUGAUGGUACUGUCUUUGUGUGUGAUAAGGAGAGAAAUAUUAUAGAAGAGAUAUCAGGAGACUGUUCUACAGGAAAAGUUGUGUUGGAGAAUCUGAAUUAUCCCAAUACUGUUUGUUGGUGUGGUGAAACAAAGAAGCUAUAUUAUAGUUGUGACAUUUUGGAUGAAAAUAAUGCCAACUUUCUAUACAUUUAUGAACUGUCAUAA